AGAUAACCUGUCGUGUAUCAUAGUUAUCUAUCCACAGUGACCGACGGACUUUAAAUAUACUCGUAGUAAGUAUUAUCAUCAGUUUAUUAAAGACGAGCGAUCGUUGACAAUGUCUUCAACAUUUCCACGGCAGUUAGUGCUCGCAUUUUUAGCUGUGAAAUUUAUUUUCAUCAUAAUCUAUGAGACGCUGACCCGAGGAAAGGGAAAAUGCAAGUGUACAACCAAACUUGAGGGGAAAGUCGCCUUGGUCACUGGAGGUAAUUCUGGAAUAGGGUUUGAGACAGCCAAAGACUUGGCCAGAAGAGGAGCAACAGUCGUCAUUGCUUCUAGAAACAUAGAAAAAUCCGAAGCAGCUGUUAAAGACAUCAUUGAAGCUACUGGGAAUCGAAACGUCUUCUACAAGAGUCUCAAUCUUCUCAAAUUCUCUAGUAUAGAGAAAUUCGCUGACGAAUUCAACAAAGCCUACGAUCGGCUUGAUAUACUUGUGAACAACUCUGGGUCUUCAUUAGCUAAGCAGUCCCUGAGCGAAGACGGUGUAGAAAAAGUGAUACAAACAAACUAUGUAGGCCCAUUUCUUCUGACGGAGUUGCUUAUGGACAAAUUAAAGGCUUCUCAACCGAGUCGGAUAGUGAUAGUUGCGUCGGUAGCACACGAAUUCCAUGAUAUUGAUGCAGAAGAUGUAGUUGGAAUGAAACCGGCAGGAGUUUGGACGAGAUAUUCCAAUAGUAAAAUGUACAAUAUCCUUUGGGCAAAAGCGUUGGCGAAACGACUUCCUAAGGGAGUAACAGCAAAUGCCUUGCAUCCAGGGGUUGUGAAGACUGAGAUAUUUAAUGUUUUAUCAAUUAAGGUUAGGAAUAUAGUGCUGUGGGUGAUAGGGACAUUUUUCAAGAACUCCGAAGAAGGAGCUCAGACUACGAUCCAUUUGUGUGUGGCACCAAGCCUCGAGGGGGUUUCUGGGGAGUAUUUCGAAGAUUGUAGGAUGAGUGCAGCUAACAGAGUGACGAAUGACGAGAAGUUAGUAGAUAAAGUCUGGGAGAGCACUAUGACGUUGGUAAAAGAUCGACUGCCUAAGUCUUUAUAGCUUCACUACGCAUAACUGUAGCAUUAAGAGUUUUAAGGUUAAAAGUAUGAGUAAAGUAGUAUGUGAAUAAUUAUAAUUAUUUCUAAAA